CAACCUGCUGCGGAUGCGGCUGGCCCGACUCUCCAGCACUCCCAAGAAGACGGACCCAGACCCAGAGGUGCCCUCAGAGGGCAAGGCAGAGACCAAGCGUGGGGACUCAGAGUCCUCCACCAUUAGUGAGGAAGACUACUUCAGCAGCCAGAAGGGUGAGUUAGAGGACAGAAAGGCGACCGAUGCCACCACUCAAACAGAGCCAGGAGAGGAGACGCCUGUGCCCAGCAUGAGUGAGGUGGGAACACAAACCAGCACCAGCACAGUGUGUGCAGGCACCCAAACCGCAGUCGCCACCAGGGUAGCGAGCUCCCAAACCACGGUGUGUUCCAAGUCAACCACCACCCAGACCGAUGUGGAUGAGAACAUUCUCUUUCCUCAGGGAACCCAGUCUAAAGAAGAGUCACCACUAUCGAAAAUGUCCGUGUCGAGAUCUUCCAGUCUGAGGUCUUCAUCCUCUCUGUCUUCCCAGGGUUCCGGGGCAAGCUCCAUUGGCUCCCACACUUCCCUCAGAGCCACUGCCUUCCACAGCCCCGGAUAUCCCAAGUACUUGGGCACCCCCUGCUUGGAUCUGUGCUUAAGUGACUCGUUUAGAAACUUGAAUAAAGAGCGGCAGUUUCACCUCACUGGUGUCAGGUCCCGCCUCAACCACAUGCUGGCCAUGCUCUCAAGGAGAACAUUCUUUACUGACAACCACCUUGGCUUUAAUCCUGGAAAUUUUACCAGAGCAUCAGCUAAUUUGCUUGUUAUUAGAGACACAGCACUUUAUCCUUCCUAUCAGUGACUGCUCAGUGUUCAGGCUCCUGGUUUCAGCCAGACUUGCAGUAGACAUCAUCAGAGCUUCCUGCUUUAUAAAGUAUCACAUGUCCCCAAUUGCCUUUCUUUCACCUAACUUUCAGUCACCUGGUCUGUCUUUGAAUUCUAUAAGCUGCAUAUUAUUUUACAUGCUUUUAUUUUAUUUUUGUCAUAUACAGACCAGGUAUUGGUUUUAUGGCUUAAACACUAUGGGUACAGUUUUUUGCACAUUUUUAAUAUUGAGAUGAUUAAAGAGAAUAUUUAGGUGUUCUAAGGUUAAUUCAGUAAGAGAUAAAAUAUGUUUUGUAUUUUUCUUGAUUUGCAUGCUCCUUUGUUUUAGAGGUUUGAAUGACCAGUGUUUUUAUGAUCAAAAUCCUAUUUAGAAAAACUUCCUUAAUUGCAUAUCUCUUUAGAGUAUCUAUGUUCUUAGCAUUAAAUUGAUAUAGACAACUUUU